CUAAGCACCACCGAGAACUUCGCCAUAUCAGUCUCUCCUUAGUUUCCUUCACAAGUCAAUACUCAGCCCUCCGCCUCCUUCAAGAUCUCCUCCACCUUCUCUUAUUGCAGCUUCCCUGCUUUUCUCCAUUUUCAUCUCUCUCACCAAACGAAACUUCCAUCUCCUUGACUCGCUUCGAACAUAAGAUAUCUCCAAUACUUUCCCAUCUCCGCGUUCUUAAACCAUACUCCACCCUCUCCCACCCGCUCCUCCGACCUACCGCUCAACUUUUCCUUUCCCUUUCCUGGUCCCUCCCAUUAACCAUUCCCCCCCUUUUAACCUAUCGAUCCCAACAACAGCCCUUUCCUCUCCUAAACGGAGCAGCAGAGAUGAAGCCAUCGUUGCUGCAGCAGAUCCACAACACCCGCCGGAGUAACAGCCUUCGAUCAUCUUCCAACCCGCAGGAUGGCGGGAGCGGAGUUGCGGAAGCCGCCCUUCGCUCCCCUGCUGGAGCUUUCUGGCUCAUUCUUCACGCUCUCUGCUGCCUCAUCAGCCUCAUCCUCGGCUUCCGCUUCUCCCGUCUCGUCUUUUUUAUCAUUUUUUCGUCCACGGCCGCAAAUAUCUACACCAAUCCCCCCGUCUUCAGCGCCACCACUACAACGACGAGGACGACGACCACCACCACCACCACCACCCACACAGAAACAGUAACCCUUCCCUUGCCGGCCCCAGCCGCUGAUCUUCUGGCGACGAACCGCACCAGGAGCCGCGUGGUGGUCGGCCGGCACGGGAUCCGGAUCCGGCCGUGGCCGCAUCCCAACCCGGCGGAGGUUAUGCGCGCGCAUCACAUCAUGGAGCGGGUGCAGCGGGAGCAGAGGCUCCAGUACGGAGUUAAGGAACCCCGCGCCAUAAUUGUUAUUACCCCGACUUACGUCCGCACCUUCCAGACGCUUCAUCUCAACGGCGUCACACACUCCCUUAUGCUUCUUCCUUACGAUCUCACCUGGAUCGUAGUCGAGGCCGGUGGUUAUACCAACGAGACCGCUGGCAUACUAGAAAGAUCCCGUCUUCCGUUCCUCCAUAUCCCAUUCCCGGACAAAAUGCCUCUUCGAUGGGCCGACCGCCACCGGAUGGAAGCCCGCAUGCGUCUCCAUGCCCUCAGGGUGGUGAAGGAGCGGAUGUUAGAUGGAAUUGUGGUUUUUGCUGAUGAUAGCAAUAUGCACAGCAUGGAGCUGUUCGAUGAGGUCCAGAAGGUGAAGUGGAUGGGGGCGCUCUCUGUUGGAAUUCUUGCACAUUCGGGGAAUGCCAAGCCGAUGCCUGAGAAAGAACCAACUGAGGAGGAGAAGCGGAAUGCUCCGUUGCCUAUUCAGGGUCCAUCUUGUAACUCCUCUGGUCACUUGAUCGGCUGGCAUACCUUCAAUUCCUUACCGUACGCUGAUAGGAGUGCCACCAUUGUUGGCGAUGUGGGAACAGUGCUGCCGAUGAAGCUCGAAUGGUCUGGUUUUGUUUUGAACUCGAGGGUGCUCUGGGAAAACGCUGAGGGUAAACCAGAUUGGGUCAGAAAUUUGGAUGACGUGGGGAAGGAUGGGGAAGAGAUUGAGAGCCCUUUGGCUUUGCUUCAGGAUCCAUCGUUUAUUGAGCCGCUGGGGAACUGUGGGAAGAAGGUGCUGCUAUGGUGGCUCCGUGCUGAAGCCAGAGCGGACAGCAAGUUUCCCCCUGGAUGGAUCAUAGACCCUCCUCUAGAGAUCAUUGUUCCUGCAAAGAGAACUCCAUGGCCCAAAAUUCCCCCAGUCGUUCCACACGAGGCUGUCUCUAUCUUCCAAGAAAGUACCGAAAAACAAUCUUCAAAAUCUGGUAAAUCUCCCAGGCCGCGGCGAGCUUCUCGCAGCAAGAAGAAGCAUGAUCCUCUCGUCCAGAUUUCUGCGACGGCCCAAAGGCAACAGAACUGAGGUUACAAAUAUCUAUUUGUACAGCCAUACUUUUGUUAUACUUGCAUUACACUACAAUAUGAAUAGCUCUGCUUGGCCUCUGGCUUCCAUAGGCGCAGAUCUAGGUUAUUGCCCGAGAAACACUAUUGAUUUGAGGGAGAAUACAUUCAUUCGGCUAGGGGUUUUUUUGCAAAGUUCAGGCUGCUAUAGAUGUUUCUCUAAUUAUUUUUUUUGCAAGAUAUAUGAGGAGUUUCCACGUUUGUAUGAUUAUUUGUCUGAGAUUAUCGUAUUUCAUCUAUUGGUUUUCUGAAAAA